AAACUUUGUGCUUUUCCCAAACCGAGUCACAUCCUUCCCCACUUGAAGAAUGAAGUAAAGAAAAAGAUAUUUGGGAACUUUUCAAAAGACAUGGCUAUCAAGAUUCUUGGUCGCGGGCCCCGUCUGCUUGCUUGGUUGGUCAUCGAUCUUGACAAUUAUAUAAACCCCUUGCCACUCCCCAUUUCUUAUUCCUUCAACAUCUCAACAAUCACAACACACAGCCAUGGCGAUUGGAACUUUGGAGGUCAAAUUGGUAAACGCCAAAGGACUUGGAGGCACAGAUUUUCUGGGUGGAAUUGACCCUUAUGUUCUGAUUCAAUAUAAAGGCCAAGAACGCAAGAGCAGUGUCGCCAGAAAUGAAGGAGGAAGUCCAGUAUGGAAUGAGAAAUUUACAUUCAGAGCUGAGUACCCCGGAAGCGGUGACGACUUCAAGAUCAUCCUCAAGAUCAUGGACCAUGACACCUUUUCUGCUGAUGACUUUUUAGGCCAAACCACGAUAUAUGUGAAAGACUUAUUAGCUCUUGGAGCUGAGAAUGGCACGUCCGAGUUACGGCCUCAAAAAUAUAGCAUCGUGGGAGACAAUCUUAACUACACUGGAGAAAUUCUAGUUGGAGUGACCUUCACGCAGAAGGAAACAGAAUAUGACAGAGAAGAAGUGGGAGGAUGGAAGCAAAGUGAAUACUAAGGUGGCGUCUUUAGCCUCAAAGAUGAAUGUAUGGAAAGUUUUUCUCUGUAGCAUGUUAUUCUGUUAUCUUCAUUUAUCUAUUGUAUAAUUUUGCGUAUAGAAAAGAUUGAACCUACACAACGAAUGUUCUUUUAUAAAGCUGAUUUUCUUGGGAA